CCCCACCUGGUCGCCUCUCCCUCCUUCCAAAACCCUAGCCCCACGCCAUCGAACCCUAACCCUAACUCCCCCCCCCACCCGCCGCGAUGGCCGCCGCCGUCGCCGCCGUCCGCCCCCUCGUUACCGUCCAGCCCCUUGAGGGAGACAUGGCCACCGACGGAUCCAACUCCGUCCCCCUUCCCGACGUCCUCAAGGCCUUGAUCCGCCCCGACGUCGUCCGUUUCGUCCACGCCAACCUCUCCAAGAACCGCCGCCAGCCCUACGCCGUUUCCAAGCGCGCCGGCCACCAGACCUCCGCGGAGUCUUGGGGCACCGGUCGCGCCGUCUCCCGUAUCCCCCGCGUCCCCGGUGGUGGCACCCACCGCGCCGGCCAGGGAGCGUUCGGCAACAUGGUCCGCGGUGGCCGGAUGUUCGCGCCCACCAAGAUCUGGCGCCGCUGGCACCGCCGCGUCAAUGUCAACCAGCGUCGCUUCGCCGUAGUCUCCGCCCUCGCCGCCUCCGCCGUCCCCUCCCUCGUCAUGGCCCGAGGCCACCGCGUCGAGUCCGUCCCUGAGCUCCCCCUCGUCAUUUCCGACUCCGCUGAGGCCGUUGAGAAGACCUCCUCCGCCAUCAAGAUCCUGAAGCAGAUCGGUGCCUACCCCGACGCCGAGAAGGCCAAGGACUCCCAUCAGAUCCGCUCUGGCAAGGGCAAGAUGCGCAACCGCCGCUAUGUCUCUCGCAAGGGCCCCCUCAUUGUGUACGGUACUGAGGGAUCCAAGAUCGUGAAGGCCUUCCGCAACAUCCCGGGCGUCGACGUUGCCAACGUCGAGCGCCUCAACCUUCUCAAGCUCGCCCCCGGUGGACACCUUGGUAGGUUCAUCAUCUGGACCAAGUCCGCCUUCGAGAAGCUGGACUCAGUGUUCGGGACAUUCGAGAAGCCUUCUGAGAAGAAGAAGGGCUACGUGCUGCCGAGGUCCAAGAUGAUAAAUGCCGAUCUGUCCAGGAUCAUCAAUUCCGACGAGGUGCAGUCGGUGGUGAGGCCGAUCAAGAAGGAGGUCAAGCGCCGCUCGCUGAAAAAGAACCCGCUUAAGAAUCUCAACACUCUGCUGAAGCUGAACCCUUACGCUAAGACUGCCAGGAGGAUGGCUCUUCUUGCUGAGGCACGGCAUGUUAAGGCCAAGAAGGAGAAGCUCGACAAGAAGAGGACCCAACUCUCCAAGGAAGAAGCUUCUGCAAUCAAGGCUGCUGGGAGGGCGUGGUACAAGACUAUGAUUUCAGACAGUGAUUAUACUGAAUUUGAGAACUUUUCAAAGUGGCUAGGUGUUACGCAGUGAGCAAUGCUGGUAGUACAAGGUUUUUAGUUCAACUUUGUUGGAAAUUUCCAUUGGAUUUUGUUUUCUGUUUUUAAUUUGUGUUUUGCAUUUGAGUACAAGGUGGUUUGCUAAGGAACUACUAAGACUUGUGGGUGAGAUCUCAUUACCUAGCCCUAUUUGCUGGACAGUAAGGUUGGGGACCUUAAAUUCAAUCGAAUGCGUUGGAGCUAUCUCUUUUUUUUUU